AGGGGAUAGAGGCUUGUAGGGGCUGUUGGUCAGGCAGGAAGCUGAAUGUGGUUAGCUGAGCGGAAGAAUAGAGGGGAAGCUGUUUUUUUGUACAGUAUUUGUUCUGCGUAGUCCCUCUGACUUAAGUAAAACCGGCCACAGGAGGAUAAAAGCAAGUUAAGAGAGACAGUGGAGCCUGUAGCGAGGAACUGAGGGAAAGCUGGAAGAACUGGAUGAAACUUGAUGACAGACGCAAACAUCCAACAUUCCGAAGCCAAGUCUGUUAGAAGAGAGGCAUCGUAGUUCAGACGUGACACCAGUCAUGCUGCCAGUGUGAGCUUUCUGGAAUUGUAUGGGCCCUGCAAUGGCAGUCUUGGCAGGUGUGAAGCCUGGGACUGGACAACGGACAGGUGAAGGGAGGCUGUCCUGGCCGGUUUUCCUGCUGACACUAGCUGCUGUCACCUCCUCCUCUUUUUCAGCUUUGUCCCUUUACCAACUGAUGGCUCUCAGAGCUGAGGUAGAGGGACUCAAAUUAGAGGUCUGUCGCAGGAGAGAAGAGGGACAAGAGGCCGUGCAUAGGGGCCAGACUGAGAAUAUUGGUGGCCAGAGAAGCAGCCAAGAGCCCCUUCACCAAACUGAGUCUCAGCAUACUUUGACCCACAUGAGGAGGAAGAGAAGAAUGGUGACUGGAACAGAGACGUCAAUUUCUCAGCCUUGCCUGCAGUUGUUGGCAAACAACAGCAGGAAAACCUACAGGAAAGAAUUUGCCUUGGAGCCGUACACAGGUAUCCCCUGGCAGACUGGACUGAGGAGGGGCUCCGCUCUGGAGGCAGAAGGAGACAGCAUAUUAGUCAGAGAGGAGGGCUUCUUCUUCGUGUACAGUCAGGUCUACUACAUGGACAGCACCUUUGCAAUGGGUCAUGUUGUGAUUCGGAGAAAGAGGAUUGUGGUGGGAGAUGAGCCCCAGUAUGUGAUCCUGUUCCGUUGCAUCCAGAACAUGAACCCUGUCUACCCUUACAACACCUGCUACACAGGAGGUAUUGUGAAGCUGGAGAUUGGGGACCACUUGGAGCUUCUCAUCCCCCGGUCCACAGCCAACGUGUCCCUGGAUGGAGACUCCACCUUCCUGGGUGCUGUCAAACUGGCUUAAAGUGAAUCACCUCACUUUGGGCCCAAGGGACGCUAUUGUCAUGGGAGAUAGGUAAUACAUUUGGAAGAGAAGGAGCAACAAGGCACAAUGCAGCUGACCUUGCCUGACUUUGGGUGUUUGAGAGAAGAAUACAGGAAGCAGCCAUUUCUGCGCUGGCUGAAUGAUAGACUGUGCAACUCCUUGCUAGGCCAGCCUGAGCAGGCAUGAAGGGGACUAUGAGUUGAUGGCAUAGUCUUUACUCUUUAUAUACACUUUAGAUGCACCUUAUAGCUGCAGCUUCAUUUGUCUUCAUUUCUACCACACAUCAAGACAAAAUAUGGUAAAAACUGCCAGAAUCAAAUACUUGUUCUUCAAAUAAUCACAAACAGAUGACGUGGUCUGACUUUUAGGUGUGUUACUUGUGUGAAAUCAUUCUUAUACUUUUCAAUGCACUGCUCAAUAAUCUUUCCUCCUGUAGCAACAGCAUUACCAUACCACUGAAAUAGUUCUUAUGCUUCAUUUUUUUACAUACUUUAACAGAAACAAGAGUCUGGUUAUCAUCUAAAUGCCACAAUUUGAAUUACGUUUACCUGUAUAUGUCUAAAUGAAAUGAAAAUUCAGGUACAAUAAAGUGACAGUUCUUACUCAAGAGAUGA